AUGAACAGCGAUCUGAACAAUACAGCAGCUGAACGCACAAGAGCAGAAAUCGCAAUCGAUUCCCGAUACCGGCAUUUAUCUUUUGCAAUACCUGUGCACGAAGAUGAUGCCUCUAUUCGCCAGGCAUAUCGGCCUUUUUUGCUAGAUGCAAAACAAGCAGAUAAUGAUUGGAUUGCCAGGCUCGAGCUCAGCACAGCGUUAAAGAUGGUGGAUGAGCAGGUGAUGAAAAAUGGCUCUGACAGGAUCAAGGUCCUCGUGCUAUACGGCAGUAUGCGAGAACGAUCAUAUUCUCGGCUGCUCGCGUAUGAAGCCAGUCGCAUCCUAUUCCGACUUGGCUGUGACGUGCGCGUGUUCAAUCCCACUGGGCUCCCCGUCAAGGACGACGUGCAACACUCGCAUGAAAAAGUGCAAGAACUGCGGGAACUGAGCAAGUGGAGUGACGGACAUGUUUGGGUUAGUCCCGAGCAACAUGGAAAUCUUACUGCCGUUUUCAAGAAUCAAAUCGAUUGGAUCCCAUUGUCCACGGGCUCGGUGCGACCUACGCAGGGCCGCACCCUCGCCAUUGCUCAAGUCAACGGUGGCUCACAAUCUUUCAACACUGUCAAUUCACUACGUAUACUUGGCCGCUGGAUGCGCAUGUUCACAAUCCCCAACCAAAGCUCCAUUCCUAUGGCUUACAAGCAAUUCACGGAUGCGGAUGCUCCGGACGAGGGAGGGAGUAGGCUGAUGCCGAGCGGUAACCGAGAUAGAUUGGUGGACUGUAUGGAAGAGUUCGUGAAAUACACGCUCGUCAUGCGGCCGCAUUUUGACCUGUUUGGGGAUCGGUAUAGCGAGAGGGAAGAGAAGAGAAUAAAAGAUGAGAGAAAGAUGGAGGAAGAGCAGAAGGGAAAAGAUGUUGUGAACAACGUUUCGUUGACGGACAUAUGA